AUGGCUUCCCCGCGCGGUUGGAUCGCGCUAGAAAUCGUUGGCAAUAUCUUUGUAUGGAUUUUCACUGGUCUUCGCUGUUUUACUCGAAUCAAAAUUCUGAGGAUAUUUAACUCAGAAGAUGCACUCGUGCUGUUAUCUUCAUUAUUAAGCACGUGUCGUAGUGCUGUUUUUAUCGCUGCAAUCGUUAAUUACGGGGUUGGUCUCGGAACGCCCAGCGAAACCAACAUAAUGCGCAACCAACAAAAGGUUUUUAAUUGUGCAAAGAGAACAAGCUUAUUAGACGACUGA